CGUAUACUGUAAGAAAUUUCAUUGAAUGUCCAAUCUUUGAUGUGAAAUGUUAUUUUGCGCAUUCUAAUUUAGUUGUGGUAAAAUAUUUUGAUAGGAUCGUACACUUUACAGAUUCAAAAAGCAUGACGGAAACAGAGGGAAAUAGCCGCUGUUAUAAGAUCUUCAGAAAGAUACAAGCCAAAAGUAUCGAUGAAGACGACCUAGGAAAAGCCAAAUCUUUUCGAAUAUGUAGUUUACGAAGGCCACACAUGCGCGCCUUUCAUACGUCAUGGUUCUGCUUCUUUAUUGCUUUUACAGCAUGGUUCGGUAUUCAGCCACUUAUACCAACGAUAAGGAAGGAACUAGGUCUCUCUAAAAAAGAAGUGGCACGAUCCGGUAUUGCAAGUAUAUCGGCAACUAUCGCUGUUCGUAUCUUUGUUGGUCCAUUGUGUGACAAAUUUGGUCCAAGACGAGUGAUGUCUGGUUUGCUGAUGAUAGGUGCCAUCCCUCUUGCAUUUUCUGGUUUAAUAAAAAAUGGGACAGGUCUAAUCAUAGUACGUCUUUGUGUUGGUAUACUUGGAGGCUCGUUCAUACCUUGCCAAUUUUGGACAUCUGCUACGUUCAAUGUGAAGAUCGUUGGUACCGCCAAUGCCGUAGUUGGAGGUUGGGGUAAUCUCGGAGGAGGGUUCACAUUUAUUAUAAUGCCUGCACUAUUUGAACUGGUCAAGCUAUGCGGGGCUGAUGAAUUCCUCGCUUGGAAAAUUGCUGUCGUCAUCCCAGCCGUUAUUGUUAUUGGGUUUGGCGUGCUUAUUCUUUGGACCUCGGAUGAUUGUCCACAAGGUAAAUGGUCGCUGAGGAAGCUUCCCGAAAUGGAUGUCUUUGUUGCAGAAGGUGCUAAGUAUGUAGAGGAUUCUUGUGUAGACGAUGACAACGUUCAAUCUGCAGUUAAAGCUAAACAGCAAGGGAUUGAUAACGCAGCUUUUGAACAGAAUGAAAAACCGAUAAACUCCUCUAUCAAAGACAAAUCCGAGAACAACGUUCCGCGUGUAAAGGAUUGCUCGGAAAAUAAUACAGAAAACGGUUGUGGAAAGCAUUGGCUUUGUGACAGGAUCUGGUUGGUUAUAACGGUUGCAGUUCUUGUCAUCCAAUAUGGUCUCUGCUUUGGUAUUGAAAUAGCCGUAAAUACAGUUAUGAACUUGUACUUUUUGUACAAAUUUGAGAAGGAAGAUUGUGUAGAAGGUUUACAAGACGUUAUGCAAACCAAUAACACCACUAUCAUGAAAACCACCACAGUCCCUGCAUCGUCAGAUGAUCCAAAUCCAUGCAGUAUUUUAUCACAGAACUCUGCAAGUCUAAUUGCUUCCCUUUUUGGUUUGAUGAAUUUGUUUGCAAGAGCUCUUGGUGGAAUAUUUUCCGAUUUAUUGAGGAAAUACUUACAAAUUCCUGGACGGCUAUUGGCGCAUAUAAUAUGUAUGACAUGUGAAGGAGUAAUGCUGAUUGUAUUUAGCCGAAUGGAGACAAUACCUACAGCAAUUAUAGCUAUGGUUGCGUUCAGUCUGUUCGUACAGAUGUCUGAAGGUUCUACUUUCGCAAUUGUUCCAUACAUCCAUCCACGACGUGUUGGUCUUGUUUCAGGAUUCAUAGGUGCAGGAGGGAAUGCAGGUGCAAUGAUUUGGAAUACGAUAUGGUUGAAUCUAGUAGAUACGGAGCCUAGCCGGUGGUUUUUACUUUUAGGAAUAUUUGUUCUUUGUGGAAAUAUAUUGACGUUGAUUAUACCAGUGCAGAAAAAGCGAAUCUGGAAUGUCUUCACUAGAUAGAUACUAUAACAACUUUCACUGUCAAUUAUCAGUUAUGUUGAUUUAUUGAACCUUAAUCACGUUAUAUUAAUCAGCUAUUCACUCGGGUGUCCCUGUCACCAAUUCUUUUGUCAGACCUUUACAUGGUUUUCGUUGUGUUGUAUACAUAACAACUAUUAAACUGUUACUUGGGUCUAAGAUAUAAAUCCAGAAUAGCUUUUAAUUUCUUUAACAAUAUACGAUGCUUCUACUAUUUAAACAAAACUUAUCAAUGACUAUCCGUUAGCUAUUCAUAAGGUUGUCCUAUCAAACUUUGCUCAGUUAAAGCUUUUCCAUUUGCUCUUUCAGAAAAACAGUAGAAUUUUAUAUCAAAUAUUAUGCACAAAUAGCACAGUUUCAGUUCGGCCACAUAUAACUUGAUUGAGACUUGCAGGCUAAGAUCAUGUUCAUUGUUUUAGAGGGCAAAAAGGCCCUAAAAUCAUAUCCCUGAUAAUUAUACUUUAAAAUUUGCAUUUUUCCGUUGCAAUAAUUAGAAAUUCAGUAAACAUAUAUCAUGUUAUUUGACGUUACUGAAAUAUGUUGAAAUGUAAAUAUCUGUUGAACAUUUCAGUUGGAAAGUAAUGUAUUAGCACAUUUCCCGUUUGAAAACCUAUGAAACUUACAUCCCCCUUAACUUGCCCGAGUACCUUGAACUUUGAAAAUGAAACAAUUUGAUUUUUGUUCAUUUUUAUACAUGUUCACACAUCCAUGUGUUUUAUGCCACGGCAAGAACUAGUAAUUGAGUACUUAAUUAUAAUAAUAGUUUUCCUAAGUUGUUUGAUUUGUAUCUUCAAAAAUUAUGUUAAUAUCAAGUAUAAUGCAAUAAAUGUUCAGGAUGUGUGAAAAUGAUUAGUAUAAUGGAAAAUUGAAUGAGAAUGUUUUGUGAUGUCUUGUAAACAUUUUCAAAUAUAUUCUAAUAUACUUGUGAUGUGAGGAGACCCUUUGGAAGUUUUGCUCAGUUUAGAUAAAUCUAUAUUGGAUAAGAGGUCUUGCUGUGUUAUUUUCAAUAUUGAUGGUGGUUGAUUUAGGACAUUUCGUUAUGUCACGUUGGCGUGCGCGAGGUUUAUAUACUACAUUUCAUUGUAUCGUACUGGCGCUCUCACCAACGCGCCAUAACGAAAAAGUUUUCCGUGUCGUUUUAGCGAACUUUCAAUAUUUUUUAGGGUGCGUAGGUGCUUUAUAAGCUUUUCGUAUUUAUUAGUAUUGUGAUAUGCAUGUAAAUUUUAUACCAUGUAUUUAUAUUAGCAAUAAAAUGUGACUAGUGUUUUAUUCACAUGUUCCGUAACCAGA